AGUGCUCGGAUGGCCCGCCGAUCCGUGGGCCCGCAGAAACUUCGUCAAGCAUCUCCGCCCCCAGCCUCUGCCGGCAGGCAAUUAGAUCAGCGCAUUGAUCACUCCCACACUUGAUAGUGCGUGUUUUGUGAUCGCUAUUACCACAUUGAUCGACACAGCGCGCGUCCUGCAAUAAGACAUCGUGCGUGCUGCAAAACAAGAUGGCCAGCCUCACCACAUCCGCUGCACCGCGCCUCGUCUUACAUUUCGACGUCAACGAGACGAUCAUGGUCGCGGACCCCGCGGGCGGCGACAGCUUCGAGGACGUGCUGAACAAGAUGCUCGCCAAGACGGCGUUCGUGCGACGAAAGGACGGUGCGUCACUGCACGACGAGUGGAAAGACGGUGCGGCGGCGCCGGACGAGCUCGAGUGGCGAGACGGCGUGUCACUACACGACGACAGGGGCGACCCCGAGCAAGCGCUGUGGCUGCGGUGGGAGAAGCCCGACGACGGCUCGCGCGCGUUUCGCUGGGACGAGGUGCACCGCAAGACGUUCACGGAGACCUUCAAGCGCUUCUCUGGGAUAAAACAGGAGCUCGCUGCACAGCUACGCUUACCGCCUGGAGACUGGGAUGCAUGCUUCAAGACGGACGACGGGCAGCACCACCGCUUCCUGCCCGCGUUCUUCGAAACGCUCAGGGUUCUACUAGACUCCGGGCGCGACGUGUCCCUCGUGAUCCGCACGUUCGGCUCCGACGGCCCGACCGUCGCCCUAGCUCUGCGCGCCUGGAUCGCCGGCCGCCACCCGACCGUAAAGGCCCCACAACAAGCGCCGGAUUGGGUCCAGCGCGACCGCAUCUUCGCGGGCAAAUACGACGCGGAGGGCCGCUACACGCUAACGCCGCCGCUGAACGACGACGGCCGCGGCGCGUGCCUCGACGAAGCCGCCGCCGUCGCGUUGAUGGAGGAGCCGCGGAGCGCCACGGUCAUCCGGGACGACUACGCCUGGUGGGCCAAGCACGACGAGGCGCCGGCGGCCGGUAAACCCUUCUGGAUCACGCGCGGCAGCGACUGCCACCACAUUUUUUUCGACGACCACAUUCGCAAUUCCGACCGGAAGUCGAUCGUCGCGGCGCGGUGCCGCUCGGCGCCGGGCGAGGCCUUCCAGCCGCUGGACGGGCCCGCGACGCGCGCUCUCCACGGCGCCUACCUCGUCCGCGUGCCCACGCUGCUGCCCGUGCGCGACCAGAGGUGGUUUCUCGACCGGAUUCGUGAGUGCGAGCAGCGGCGGUUGGAGCUGCUGGGGCCGCUUUUGGCGUAAUGUUAUCCUGUUCACCAUAAA